CAAUAUCAACACCAUGGCUGUGCAACUCGACAUGAUCUUCUCCGCACUCAGAAACCUUCGUGAACACAGAUGAAAGAGCUAGGAAACGGAUAUCGGCAUCUCAAUCAGGACGAAAGCCUGCAUUGUUCGCGAAAGACUGCUCAACGCGUUAACCUCACAUCGUACCUUCCACCUCCUCCAAAUCAGGCAACAACAACAACCUCAAGAUGGCCAAUUCCAACUCUCGACAGAGCCGAGUGAGUAAAGCCGCACAAUGGCUGGUCCACGAACUCGGUCUGCACACCAUGCGCCACGCCGGGAAAGAUAUCUACAUCAUCAUCCUGGCGCGCUAUCUGCGCAUGUACGCUUACGGCUCCGUCGCGCUCGUCCUAGCUCUCUAUUUCCAAGCGCAAGGCCUUACAGAUGCGGAGAUCGGGUUCUUCAUGACGCUCACGCUGCUUGGUGAUGUUGUUGUCUCCUUGUUACUUACGCUUGUUGCCGACUCUUUGGGGCGCAGGAGGACGCUGAUGCUUGGCGCGCUGGGCAUGGCAGUUUCUGGGGCGGUGUUCGCAACGAGUUCGAGUUAUGCGCUGUUGUUGGCGGCGGCGAUUGUGGGUGUGAUUAGUCCGAGUGGGAAUGAGAUUGGGCCGUUUCGGGCGGUGGAGGAGAGUACGCUUGCGCAUCUCAUCGGCGAGGAUAAGCGGGCGGAUGUCUUUACAUGGUACGUCGCCUUCGCCGUCCUAGGCACAUCAACCGGCCUGAUCGUCGGCGGUCAGGCCGUUGACGCCCUUUCAGCAAGAAAGGGCUGGACGGAACUCGACGCCUACCGAGCAGGGUUCUGGAUCUAUACAGCUGUAGGUAUCGUCAAAGCCGUCUCGACACUAUUCCUCAGCCAGGAAUGCGAGCACCAGAAGCCCUCCAAGCCAGCCCGCGCAGAAGGAGAGACAGAGCCACUCUUGCCGGCUGCAGAUGACGACACGCAUCCAACUGCAACCAGCAACGGCGUUGCUCAGACAGCAGGAGUGACGAAGAAGCAGAGGAGCUGGAACCCGUUCAGUUCGAUAUCGCCCAAGAGUCGCGCAAUCCUGUUCAAGCUGUGCAGUCUGUUCUUUCUCGACUCGCUCGGCUCAGGCAUGGUGCCGUUCUCGCUCAUCAAUUUCUACCUCGAUCGCAAGUUUGGUCUUCCGAAGGGCAAGCUGGGUGGGAUUAUGAGCGCUACAUGGUUCCUCUCAACAUUCGGCAACAUAUUCUCAGCCUCCCUCUCCCGGCGCCUCGGCCUAAUCUUCGCCAUGGUAAUUACCCACCUCCCCUCCUCGUUCUUCCUCGGCGCCCUCCCCUUUGCGCCCAACCUCCCACUCACCGUCAUCCUCCUCAUCGGCCGGAGCAUGAUGAGUUCCAUGGACCAGGCGCCGCGGUCUGCGUUUUUGAGCAUGGUGGUUCUGCCAGAGGAAAGAACGGCGGUGAUGGGUAUUGUGAAUACGCUGAAGACGCUGAGUCAGAGUUCGGGGCCGUGGGUUACGGGGUUGUUGGCGGGGAGUGGGAGGUUCUGGGUCGCGUUUGUGGUUGCUGGGGCGCUGAAGGCAUCUUAUGACGUUCUGCUGCUGACAAUGUUUGGGGGGCGGGUACAUGCGAGGAAGGUGGGUGAGGGGGUGGAUGACGCUGCUCGAAGCGAUGGCGGAGAAGGUGAGGUGCACGAUGGUGAUGACAGACAGGCCAACAAUCGGGCCACAGCAGUACAGUAG